AUGGCUUUCCUAGUAGAUGGAAACUACACUGUGGUGACAGAGUUCAUUUUAUUGGGCUUAACAGAUGACCUGGUACUUAGAGUUGUCCUCUUCACCAUCAUCCUGUGCAUCUACCUGGUGACUGUGUCUGGGAACCUCAGCACCAUCCUCCUCAUCAGUGUCUCUUCCCAACUCCAUCUCCCCAUGUACUUUUUUCUCAGCCACUUGGCUUCUGUUGACAUAGGCAUCUCAUCUUCUGUCACACCCAAUAUGCUUGUCAACUUUCUGGUUAGUCAAAAUACCAUCUCCUACCUUGGAUGUUUUAUACAGUUUGGCUCAGGUGCAUUCUUUGGAUCUGUCGAAUGCUUCCUUCUGGCUGCUAUGGCUUAUGAUCGCUUCAUGGCAAUCUGUAAUCCACUUCUUUAUUCAACUAAAAUGUCCACACAAGUCUGUAUCCAGUUGGUUAUAGGAUCUUACAUAGGGGCUUUUCUGAAUGCUACCUCCUUCACCAUUUCCUUCCUUUCUUUUCUUUUCUGUGGGCCAAAUAGAAUAAAUCACUUUUUCUGUGAUUUUGCUCCUUUGAUGGAACUCUCAUGUUCUGAUGUCAGUGUUUUUGCAGUUGUUACCUCCUUUUCUGCUGGAUUAGUAACCAUGAUCACAGUGUUUGUCAUAGCUGUCUCCUACAUCUACAUCCUCAUCACCAUCCUGAAGAUACGCUCCACCGAGGGCCGCCAGAAGGCCUUCUCCACCUGUACCUCUCACCUCACUGCAGUCACUGUGUUCUAUGGGACUGUAACAUUUAUUUAUGUGAUGCCCAAAUCCAGCUACUCCACAGAUCAGAACAAAGUGGUGUCUUUAUUCUACAUGGUAGUGAUACCCAUGUUGAAUCCCCUCAUCUAUAGCCUCAGGAAUAAUGAGUUUAAGGGUGCUUUGAAGAGACAACUUGGUAAGAAAACAUUUUCUUAG